GAUGAAAGCACCAGGGAGAUGGCGGCCGCGAUAGGUGGUGGAGUUAUCCAAAUGCUCGUCUCUCGACACCCUCCGUGGCGGAUUCCCUCUCGACCAUCUGCUCUCCCAUUCGAGGUGGAAGAAGCAGUAGCAGAAGAGGUAGAAGGAGCACUUCGUCCUCUUAAAUCCCUUCGUCGAAGCGCGCUUCUGCUGCUCGCCCUCCCCGCUCUCGUCCCCGCCCCUUCCGCGGCCACCGCCCUAUCCAUCGGCAUUCCUGGGCCAAAGGAGUGGCUAAAAGAACAGAAGAAGAAGUCCGCAAAGUUCGUUCUUGCUCCAAUCGAAGCCUCGCGGAACACCCUCCGCUCCGCCUUCGACCUGCUGAAUGCACCGGAUUCGCAAUCGACAGCGGUGAAUUCUGAGGAGAUGAGGCGGCUGCUGAACUUGGCCUCGAGGGAUUGCGUGCCACUGCAAAGGAGCUCGCUUGUGCAACUUCAGUCACAAACAGGCGUGGAGGUUUGCACUUUCCGGUUGAUUGUAAAGAAUGCUGCCUCUUUGCUUGAUAAGAACAAUCCGGUCAAGUUGGAGGCAGAAGUUGCUCUUGAUGAUCUAAUAAGAUCAUUUUCCUUGCUUGGUGAUGUUAUCAUUGAUGGCAACUUUCAGGUCGAAGCAGAUAGAGAAAAGGUGAAAGAUGGGCUGGCCAAAACAAUUUCCUCACUCGAUAAAUUUGAGCAGGGCAUAAAGGAAUGCUUAGGUGUUUGAUCAUUGCAUCAUCAAGGAGAAUCUUUGAUGAUUUGAGUGCUAUCUCAUUCUUCAAAAUAACUUGGACAAACGUCACGGUGGUCGCUGCAGCGAAACAAUUGUUCCAGCAACUCCAACUCUGAAUUCUCCACUGCACAAGUCCAAAGUACUCUACUCAUUUUCUUGUUUAUUUUCUUUUGAUUUGAUAAUCGUUUUGGUUCCGUGGUACAAUAUACAUAUAUGUAUUGUACAUUGUGUUUAAUAAUUUUGUUUAUCCUUUUUGUGACGAAUGAACGAAUAUUUAUGACUUAUGUGA